ACUUCACAGCUUCUCCCAACAGCUGAACGGGCACAGACAGCACGCAGAAGAAGUAGCUUUCUCUCUCUCUCUCUCUCUCUCUCUCUCUCUCUCUCCCUCUCUCGCUCGCUCGCUCGCGUUCUCAACCACCGGUCCACCGCCGCCACCGGCGUGAUGGAGACGGAGAUGGGAGACGCUCCGCCCUUCUGGGCCGAGACCAACCGUAGGCGCCACCCUCGAAGGAAUCAGGGGGGAAUCUUUAGCAUCUUCCUGUCGCCGGUAGCGCUCAUUCCCGCCAUCUUGGUGGCGGCCAUCCUCGCCUCCUACAUUCCAUCCCUGCUCUCCCCUUUCUUCCAUCUCUUCCGCCGGACACUCCUCUUCAGGUCAUGGGACAGCUUCAACUUCCUUCUCGUCCUGUUCGCCAUCGUAGCCGGCAUCUUCGGCCGCACCCCGGCCCCUCCCCUGGAUGACCAUCACCGUCACCAGCUGCAGCAGCGGGAAGGCGAUUACUUGUCGUCGAAUCUCUUCGAACUCCUAGGAAAGGCCGAGGAUCAGGGUCUUGGCGAAGUGGAAAGCCGAGGGCUUAAUGUCUCUCGCGAACUGAGGAAUAUCGAAAUCGAUGACGAUGGUAGUCAUCCUUCUAUGGUGGAAGAGGAAGCGCGCCUUUCCGGCAGCGGAAGUGGCCGGAAGAAGAAGGCGCUCGAUUUGAAAGGCGAUCGGAGGCCGAAGGAAGCUUCUGCAUCUGUGGAAGCCUGGUUUUCCAGAGCUGAUGGCGGUAGGAAAGGGGAGGAGACACCUUCAGGCGACCCGCUUACGGAGAAAACUGCCCACCAUUAUCUGAGAGAGGAUGAUUUUGAAUCUCCUGCUCCUCUCAAAACCAUUCACGUCGAUAACAGUAGCCUUAUUCACAAAAAAUAUCCUUCUUUUACGCUGCCACCACCAUCGCCACCGCCGCCGCCUCCCCCGCUGCCCCCAUCCCCGUCACAGUUCGCGAAGGUGAAAGGAAGUAUUAGGCCGAGGAGCAAGGACUCCUCGGUCACGUCUUUUCCUUCCUUUUCUCUGCCACCACCAUCACCACCCCCUCCCCCGCCACCGUUGCCACCACCCCCAUCUCCGGUGAUGAAGAUAAAGAGGAGUAGGCAGAGAAGCAAGGAGUCUUCCGUCAUGUCCUUUCCUUCUUUCGGCUCCCGUAAGAAGGAAACCAAGGAGAAGAAGAAGGGCAGCGCCGCCGAGAUCCCGGCCCCUCCGCCAUUGCCACCGCCUCCUUCAUUUUUCCGCACCUUGUUCGCGAGCCUCAAGAAGGAGGCCCAAGUAGAGCGGCGAAGGGUCCACUCUGUCUCCAUUCCUCCGCCGCCGCCGCCACCACCGCCAGCUACGCUGUAUCCGACAAAGAUCGCCACAAAAGACGCAACCUCCGCCAGGAAGAAGGAAACGACCAUAAAGGGGAAUGCUAGGGAUUCGUCGAUCAGGCGGCCGUCUCCGUUGCCGCCAUUGGUUCCAGUAAGGGAGAAGUACAGAGCAUACACUUUCAGACGCAAAAGCAGUGGCGGCGGCGGCUGGUUCAUCCCUUCUUCACCUCCACCGCCGCCUCCGCCUCCGCCUCCGCCUCCGCCAUUUUUAAUUGUAGAGCAGAAUACAUCAACGCAGAGCAACUAUAUCAAGAGCCAAACGGAGCUGCACACGGAUUAUGACGGCACGGUCGAACAGAAACAGGGCAAGGAAGAAGAAGGAAAAGCAGAAGAUAGUGGUGGUGGAAGCUCCUCCUUCUGCCCAAGUCCCGACGUUGACGUCAAGGCAGAAAAGUUCAUUGCUCGAAUCCGUGAAGGAAUAAGACUCGAGAAGGUGCAAUCUCUCAGAGAGAGGAGGGAAAGGGAAGCCAUGAAAUUAGAGAACAGGGGCGCCAAUUCCGUGCUCUAAGAAUCAGAAAGCUUUCUAGCUCUUCUUCUGCUUCUUACUUGAUUUACCGCAAAAGCAUUUGAUUCUUCACAUUUAACACAUAGUUUGACGAAGAAGAAUAAAUUGGGUGUUGCUAUUUUAAGGAAGAUACAAUCAUUAAACUGUUCAUUCUGUAAAUUCUCACUGUAUAGGAGAUGAACAGAUUGAUACUCAUACUGCACGUAUUAUUUGCUGGUUGUUCAUGUUCAAGGAGAGGAUUUUUCUGUUUCUAUGAUUUUUCACUUUCCUGCUUUUGGUAUGUUUUGAGUUUGCUGUGUAGAGAUCUAAAUGAGGUUUUCCAGCGAGGUUCUGUAACAUCUUAUCUAGACAUGAAAUGAUAGAGGAUUUGAUUUUGUGGUAAAAGUGUUAGUUUCCUUUUCUUUCUUAUAAAAGAUUAGGUUGGAAGUCGUUUUCUAUGUA